AUGCAUUUUUUGCCGAGUUCAAUCCACAGCAUUCAUGCUAAACCUAAACUUUUCCUUUCUUCUCCAGUACUUCCCGGUAAACGGCACCGGACCGGCCACUUGCAGGCAGUACUAUCUGUCUCAUGCAGAGCCACCGCCACUAAUUUCUACGAGAUACUUUCACUGAGUCCGGACAACGCGAGCAUCGACGAGGUAAAGAAAGCUUACAGAACCAUGGCUCUUCGAUAUCACCCAGACGUUUGUCCUCCGCCCAUGAAGGAAGAGUCGACGAGGAUAUUUGUCCAGCUGAAUGCCGCAUACCGGACGCUGUCGGAUCCCGUGCUGCGCAUAGAGUAUGCAUGA